ACUUGGAAACACGACUUCGCGUUUUGCCCGAUGUUUAGUUGCGGGAACCAAGGCCGUUUAGUGUGCAGUAGCAGUAGCUGUAGGAAGUAGUGAACAUGUUAGGCACACGAGCGUUCUUUAUACUAAGUAGACAGUUUUCUAGUAGUCAGAGCACUUUCAACAAAUUAAAAAUUGCUGUGAUUGGACAGAGUACAUUUGCAGCUGAAGUCUACAGACUUUUGAAGAAAGAUGGACACAAAAUUGUUGGAGUAUUCACAAUUCCAGACAAAGGAAACAGGGAAGAUCCUUUAGCAUCCACUGCUGCAGCUGAUAAGACACCAGUAUUCAAAGUUAAAGCAUGGAGGAAAGGUGGUCAGCCAUUGGCAGAGAUAGUGAAUAAAUAUAAAAGUGUAGAUGCUGAUCUUAAUGUGUUGCCAUUCUGCUCACAGUUUAUUCCUAUGGAUGUUAUUAAUCAUCCAGAUCAUAAGAGCAUUUGCUAUCACCCAUCUUUAUUACCAAAGCACAGAGGAGUUAGUGCAAUAAACUGGACAUUGAUAUCUGGGGACAAAGUUGCUGGCUUCUCAGUCUUCUGGGCUGAUGAUGGGCUAGACACUGGUCCAAUACUCCUACAAAGAGCUUGUGAUGUUGAGCCCAAUGAUACAGUUGACUCCCUCUAUAACAAAUUCUUGUAUCCUGAGGGAAUUAAAGCUAUGGCAGAAGCUGUUAACAUGGUGGCAAAUGGCACAGCUCCGAGCAUCAAGCAGUCUGAAGAAGGAGCUUCUUAUGAGCCAUCCCUUAGUAAGAAAGAACUUCAACAGGUGAAAUGGGAUCAACCAGUACAAAAUAUACAUAAUUUUAUUCGUGGGAUGGAUAGCUCACCUGGAGCAUGGACUGUUAUUGAUGGUCGAGAGGUGAAGUUAUUUGGUUCGAGUUUAUGGCAUGGUAAAGAACCUAGCGGCAAUGAAGUGACUAUUGAUGGCAUGGCAGGAUGUGGUGUUGUUCAUUCUGGUGGGUUACUACUACGUGGCCUAGAUGGAGGUCUGCUCAAUGUGCAACGAAUAUCUGUUGCUGGAAAAAUGAUACCCGCUUCAAACUAUGGAAAAGAAGCUGAUACCACUGUGAAAGUACAGCUGUCAGAUGAAGAAAGAGGAAUGGCUGAAGUCCUUAGAGCUAUUUGGUCAGGGAUACUAAGUAUGGAAGUGUCAGAUCAGACUGACUUUUUCAGCUCUGGUGCUGGAUCAAUGGAUAUUGUAAGAUUGGUUGAGGAAGUGAAAGAAAAACUUAAUGUCAGUAUACAGAAUGAAGACAUCCUCAUGGCCACUACAUUUGAGAGCUUUGUUGGUCUGUGUGUAUUAAAAGCCAGAGGAGGUUCAGAUGAGAAGAAAUUGGAUCAUAGUGUUUUCAAACUGAAAGCAAAUAACAUGGACAUCUCAUUUCCACACCAGUUGUUCAUAAAUGGUGAAUUUGUCAAUUCUGAAUCUGGAAAAGUACUGAAUUGUAUAAAUCCAUAUGACGAAUCUCUUAUUUGCAAGGUUCAGUGCGCUUCAAAAUUGGAUGUAGAUAAAGCAGUUGAAGCAGCAAAAAAUGCAUUUGCAGGAGAGUGGUCCAAAAUGAAUGCACGGGAUAGAGGAAUUUUGCUGUAUAGGCUGACAGAUCUUAUGGAAGAACACAAAGAGGAGCUUGCAACAAUUGAAUCAAUAGAUUCUGGGGCAGUUUACACUCUGGCUCUCAAAACACAUGUUGGUAUGUCAAUUGAAACCUGGAGAUAUUUUGCUGGUUGGUGUGAUAAAAUACAUGGAACUACAAUCCCAAUAAAUCAUGCAAGGCCAAACAGAAAUCUCACAUUCACGCGCAAAGAGCCAAUAGGUGUGUGUGGCUUGAUAACACCAUGGAAUUAUCCACUUAUGAUGCUGUCUUGGAAAAUGGCAGCCUGUUUAGCAGCUGGUAAUACAGUAGUGAUGAAACCUGCACAAGUGUCACCUUUAACAGCACUGAAAUUUGCAGAACUGUCUAUUAAAGCAGGCAUCCCUCCAGGUGUAAUAAAUAUAUUGCCUGGUGCAGGUUCUGAAACUGGUAAUGCCAUAGCAAACCAUCCAGAUGUAAGGAAAUUAGGUUUCACUGGCAGUACUGGAAUUGGCCAAGUUAUAAUGAAAUCAUGUGCUGAUUCUAACUUGAAGAAAGUAUCUCUUGAGCUGGGAGGAAAAUCCCCUCUCAUUAUAUUUGAUGAUUGUGAUCUUGACAGAGCAGUUAGAAUGGGAAUGAGUGGUGUUUUCUUCAACAAGGGUGAGAACUGUAUAGCAGCAGGACGUCUCUUUGUGGAUGCUUCCAUUCAUGACAAAUUUGUUGAAAGGGUAGCUGCAGAGUGUAAAAAAAUGGUGAUGGGAGAUCCUUUAAACAGAAGUACUCAACAUGGACCACAAAAUCACAAAGCCCAUCUUGAUAAACUGAUCGAAUAUUGUGAACGUGGUGUGAAGGAGGGGGCAACACUUGUGUGUGGAGGAAAGCGAGCUGAUCGUCCUGGUCUCUUUUUUGAACCAACGGUAUUUACCAAUGUGGAAGACCACAUGUUUAUUGCUCAGGAAGAAUCCUUUGGGCCUGUUAUGGUUAUAUCAAAGUUUGCUAGUGGAGAUAUUGACGCAGUAAUCAACCGAGCAAACAACACAGAAUUCGGACUCGCAUCUGGAGUAUUUACAAGAGACAUUAAUCGUGCACUUUACAUAGCAGAGAAAAUAGAUGCAGGGACAGUUUUCAUAAAUACCUACAAUAAGACUGAUGUGGCAGCUCCAUUUGGAGGUUUCAAACAAUCUGGAUUUGGAAAAGACUUGGGUGAGGAGGCCCUUAAUGAAUACUUGAAAGUGAAAUGUGUCACACUGGAAUACUAAUAUUAUUUUCCUGACUGGAGAUUUUUACUGUCUAUUUUUUAGAAUAUAUUUUGUCAUAUUUGA